AUGGAUAAUAUUAAUGGGAACAACGAUGAAAAUCGACAGCCGAUUAGCGUCCUAUCAGACAAUCAUCACAACUUUAAUUUUGAGAAAUUAAAAUCUGAACCAAAAAAUGUAUUAUGUAUGAAUGAAUAUGUCGGACACAUAAGUUCUUCAGACGACCUGAUACUUUAUAAUGAAAAUGAUUUAUUAUACCUGAUAGAUUAUAACGGAUCAACACAACGAAAUAUCGAAUGGAAAAAUGGUUGUAUAUACGAUAUUUGUUGGUCUUCAUUCUUAAAUAAAUUUAUUAUUCUGUGUCUGAAAGGCAUAUUUACCGUUGAUCCUUGUAGAUGGGAAUCACCUCAGAUAGUAAAAGUAAAAGACUGUCUUGAUAAAUGCGCGUGUCGAGAUCAAACUUUAUUAGUUACAUCGUAUUCAUGCGGUAGUAUCGUUGAAGAAUGUAGUUUAACAGAUUGGAAAAUAAUUAAAAAAUGGACAUUAUUUGAUUACGAUACUGAUGAACAACGUAUUAAAUGUAUUCGACUUCUAAACGAUACUCGAGUAGUACUCACUGUAAACGAUCGAUUUGAAAUACGUGAUAGAGCAUCACUAACUACUUUGAUAAAUUACAUCCGUAUCGGACAAAUACCAACAUCAAUUGCCUGUCUGCCAAAUAAUCAGUCCAUCGUUAUCUGUAAUUAUUUAAAAACAUUUACAGUGGUUAGCGAGAAAGGUGAAAAAGUAACAACUAUUAAAUAUGACGACAUCGUAUACGGUAUAAAAUAUUUGACAGAUAAAUGUUUAUUGGCUGUACGAACAAUGGAUGAACUGCGACUCUAUGAUCUUUCAAACUGA